AUGGCGUCCACUUCAACCAUGUGCGCAUCUUGCCUGCGAAUAGCGAGGAGGACGAUGGCAAAAGGAUCCGCCCAUUCUACAACUGCCGCGAUCCAAUCCACGCGAGCGUACAGCAGAGUGUCCUCAGGCGCCACUUCGCAGUCGCCUUUCCUCGACUUUCUUGCGCCUUCAUCUCCACGCAGGGUGCUCAGAAAUAUUCCAGCACAGAUCUCCAUAUUCCCAAAACGACAACACAUACCACGACGGACUCUUGCCACAUCAUCCGACGCCUCCACCGCAAAGCCCGCGCAACCAAUCCAGAACCCUCGUACCGAUGACUCCGGUAACCCAAUGUUGAUCUCUAUAGCACCUCGUGCAUCGAAUCGCCUCCAGAAGAUCUCUACAGGCGACAACAACCCAAACCUCGCAUUGCGCGUGAGCAUCGAGAGCGGCGGAUGUCACGGUUUCCAGUAUCUUAUGGACCUGACGGACUUAUCGAAAGACCCAGCGGCCGAGGAAGACACUAUAUUUGAGGGGGAAAGGGGCGAGAAGAUCGUAAUUGACGAGUCUAGCCUAGAGUUGCUGAAUGGAAGCACGGUGGAUUAUACGAUGGAGUUGAUAGGUAGCCAGUUCAAGAUUACGGGCAUACCGGGGGCGACGAGCAGUUGUGGGUGCGGGACAAGUUUUGACAUCAAGUUGUAA